AUGGAUCCGAACGGAGCACAACAAGUCAUUUCAGCAUUAGAGGCAAUAUAUUCGCCCAAAUCGACCAAUGAAGAGAGGUUAGAAGCACAAAAAUUUCUUGAUAGAGUGAAACUUCAUGAAGAAUCGCCCUUUUGGGGGUAUGAGAUCGCUUUGAAUAAUCCAGCGAACUACAUUCUAAAACAUUUUGGACUUGGAUUGUUGACAAAUGCUAUCAAGAAAAAUUGGAAUGAUUAUAACCAUGAAAAGAGAAUUGCAUUGAGGAAAUGGGUUAUGGAACUCAAUUAUAGAGUGCAAAAGGAAGAUCCCAGGUAUAUCAAACAAAAAUUGGCAUACCUUUGGGUUGAGAUUGCCAAGAGGACUUGGGGUGAAGCUCUUAGGGAGGACGAUCCAAGUGAGGAACAAUUAGUGGAAUCGUGGGCAGAUAUGGAUACCAAUCUAACAGAACUAUGGAAUAUCGGAGAAGCAUCAAGGGAAUUAACUCUAAUCAUUUUCAAAAUUUUGUUCGAGGACGUUUUUCUGCUCGAUGACUUGACCGUACUGAAAAGAAUUACAAUCAUACAACCGUUAUGUGUCAUGGUGAUAUGCCCCAUGGAUAUUUUUGCGACCAAAUACAAAUUCACUGAAAAAUGGACUUUAUUCAAGGCUAAUCAAGAGGGCUGGUUUGCGCUGUGGACUUCGGAAUUGAAUAGUGCCUUGGCACAGAAUAAUGCCGAAUACGUAAUUAGACUCUUAGAAACCUUGAAGACAUGUUUAAAUUGGCCACUAAGUGAAGUCAUAAUAAAGAACGAUAUCUUCGGCGCCUUAUUACAAUGUUUUCUAAGCAGUAUCCCAAAAGCACAAUCGAUGGCCCUGGACUCAAUGCAUAUUUUACUAACGAGGCCAUACAAUAAUGACGAUCACUAUCAGAUAAUUAUCGACAAAGUCUUCAAUAGCAUGGAUUUGUUGGACCAAGUGUACGAUAGUUUGCAGUUUGAUCCAAAGGAGGGAAUUGAUGAAGUGAAGUAUCCUAUCGUGAAGAAAUGCGUUGAUAUGAUCAGUUGUCUUUAUAUCUGUGUUUUCAAGAUAAAGGACACUAACAAUCAAAUCGAGAAAUAUCUGAGGUUGGUGUUAAAAGCCACUUUUAACCCUAGCCUUAUCGUUAGUGGACUCACGCUAGAUGUGUGGUGUUCGUGCCUCAGAACUGAUGAUUUCUUGCCGUUGUUGGACAAAUACGUGAUACCUGAUUUGUUACAAUUUGCGGCUGAUGCCCUCAUCUAUUAUGAACAAAUUGACGGGCAUAUCUCUAUGAAAUUCGCUGAAAUUGAUUUCCAAUCGAAUUCGGAAUUUCAAGCAUUUUGUUCUACUUACAGAAAGAGAAUUAGAGAUAUCAUAAGACUCAUAUCCUGUGUUAAGUUGGAUUACACUUACGACUGGCUCAACAACAGGCUGAAUACUUUCUUCAGUUCUUCAUAUGGUCAAGAAGUUUUGAGUUCCACAUUUUUGGAUCGUAAAUCGAAUCCAUACCUUAGCGCACUAUCUCAAUUCAUGAUCAUUGAAUGUUUCAUUAACGGAUGUAUACGAUGGAAGAUAUGGUAUCCUAGUGGAGCAGAUUACUCCGAAAAAUUGGACUCCAUACUGAGCAAGCUUGAAAUAUUGUCCAACCAACUGAUUGCAUUAAACGUUCGAGAACCAUUACUGCUCAAGAAGGAAAUUCAGAAUUUUGCUCUGUUCUUGACGAUGUUAAAAGAUAAUGUUCUCUUUACUUUACUCGAAAAGAUCAUCACUAGUGCAACUAUGGAAUAUCCUGAGAUUGAUUUGGAAGAGCGCAGUGCCGAGGCAGACGCCGUGAGAGAUUUGAGAUAUGCAUGUGGUAUUGAGCUUAACAGAAUGGCCCUUUUGAUGCCAGAGUCCUUGAAAGAGAUCUUUCCAGACUUGGAAAACGUUGUUGUCAAGAUCAUGCCUAAUCUCUCAUACCAUGAAAGGAUAUCUUUCAAAUCUUUUCUACUUACGAUAGUGCUCAAGUCAUCAAUGGAUAGGAAGGAAGAGAGAUUUGCAGCUAUCGUUGAUCCUGAAUUAGUAGCAUGGUCUGAUGAAAGCACUGUGGUGGGAUUAUCUGAACUUCCAUGGUUCAUGGAGAGAUUGGGUAUUGUUCAAAUUGCAGAAUAUUUCCAGAAGAGGGGUAUCAAUGAGAAUAGCGAUUUGUUAUCAAUAACAAUUGAUGACGAGGGCAAAAAAUUGAAGUCCGACCUGACAAAGCGUUGGCAGACUUUGUUCCCAGUUCGGGCAACAAGAAUGUUCAUUCAUUACUCGAUGCAAAGUGUGAAAAAGGAUGAAGAGUUCCGGAUGUUGCAGGACAUGUGGAGGCCGAGAAUUGUUCCAAUCCUUCCAUAUAUCAUGAGACUUUUGUAUCAACUGCAAGCUUACCACGAUCCAGAAAAUUGGAAGGACUUGCCUAUCAUCGUCCAAACGUUUGUGAAAUAUUCCAAUAUCGAACGGUUCUGGGAAGCGGGUGCUUCUAACAAAUCUAAGGAUGAAUUUAUUAACGAACAUAUGAAGGCCAUGCAGACUCUAAGAGAUUUCGCAGACUCUGUUGGUCAUAUCGUAAGGUACACAAGAGAAUACACUUUAUUAGUUAUCAGCGCAAUCUCUUCGCUAGGUGAUGUGUUCUUUGAAAUUGAUGAGGCGCCUCAACUAUUAACUGAUUCCAUUGCCAUUUGCAAACCUGGUACUGAUUUAAUAAGCCCCGGCGUUUCAACUCACGGUUGGAAGCAUAUUAUGAAUGUCGCAAUACGACCUUUAUUGAAGAAUUGUCCCGAAGAGAGUGCACCAAAGUUUAUGUCCAAAUUUUUGCCCAAACUGUUCACUACAUUAGACAUCUUACUCUGUCAAAAAUGGGCUCCGUAUAUGAACGAAGAUAUCAAUGUUGAACCAGUAGUGGCAGAUGAUGAAGAUAUGACCGAAGAGAUUUUGGAAGAAAACCUUUUAAGACAAUUAACAACAGUAGUGGUUCGCAUCAUGAUUGACUGUGUUGGACAGCAUAGCACGAAUACCCAAAGCUCCAAAGGAAAACUCACGUCCCGUCAGCUCAAGAUCAGGGCCAUUAUCUUCAAUGACAUCAAUAUUAUGGCGCCUUUCUUCAAAUUGCUCAACCAUUUGAUGUCCUUUAGAGACAGUAAGUGUUCUUUUAACGCAAUUCUGGUUAUGAGAUGUUGUUUGAAUGAGGUUCUCAUCAAAGAAGACAGUGUGGAUGAGUUUUUCACUUUUGAAGUGAUGAAGAACCUUUUGUCGAAUGUACUGUGCCAAAGUUCUUUCAAGGACUCUUUCUACGAAGCCUUGAACGUCUUCACAGUUUUAUUCUUGACAUUGUGCAAGGAAUACCCCCCAGCAAGAGCAUUUCUCUACGAAUGCUCUCAUGGAUAUGAUAUUGAUUCUCUGUAUGAAAAUUUGAAGAGUGUGGAUCACUACAGAAACCAGAGGGCGUUGAUGAUAGAGUUCAUUGAUUGGAUCAAAGCAGCAAACGGGAAGAAUGACGAUGAUGAGAAUGGGCAUAGCGCUGCAGAAAAUAGAAGGCAGGAGAAGAGGGCCGCCACGUUGAAGAAAGCCAGUGAAAGGCUUGUGAAAAAGCAUAAGGAAGAUGGUGACAUCUUGGACGAUCCUAACACCGAGGAUGCUGCUUUUGGUAGCCUUUUCGGUUAG